AUGUCUUCCACCAGUUUGUUGCUCUCUACCAAGGGCUUUAGCGGUGCAAGAUUUCAAAAGGUUGCAUCUGUCCUGACCAAAUGUGCAGCAUCCAAUAUCACUUCUCAAAACGCCUCUCAGAGGGUUUCAAGUGGGUUUUCCAGGAAAAGAGUUGGCUACUCUAAGAGAUAUAUGUCAUCUGCGAAUGGUGUUGGUUCUCCUAGUACCAGAUCAACUGUGGUUCAACUUUUGAACAAUAUUAGUACUAAAAGAGAAGUGGAACAAUAUUUGAAAUAUUUUACAUCUGUAUCCCAACAGCAGUUUGCAGUGAUUAAGGUUGGUGGUGCCAUCAUCAGUGACAAUUUACAGGAAUUGGCAUCUUGUUUGGCAUUUUUGUACCAUGUAGGUCUAUACCCAAUCGUGUUACAUGGUACAGGACCUCAAGUUAACGAAAAGUUAGAGGCACUUGGUGUAGAACCUGACUACAUUGAUGGUAUUAGAAUUACCGAUGAGACUACCAUGUCAGUCGUUAGACAAUGUUUCUUGGAACAAAACUUGAAGUUGGUUACAGCAUUAGAACAAUUGGGUGUUCGUGCAAGACCUAUUACUUCCGGUGUCUUUACCGCCAAUUACUUGGAUGAAGAAAAAUACAAAUUAGUUGGUGAUAUUACGGGUGUAACUAAGGAUGCCGUCGAGGCCUCCAUCAAGGCAGGUGCAUUGCCAAUCUUGACAUCUUUAGCUGAAACCCCCUCCGGUCAAAUGCUUAACGUUAACGCAGACGUAGCUGCCGGUGAAUUGGCUCGUGUUUUUGAACCAUUGAAAAUUGUCUACUUGAAUGAAAAGGGCGGUAUUAUCAAUGGUGAAACCAAUGAAAAGGUCUCUAUGAUUAACUUAGAUGAAGAAUACGAUCUUUUAAUGCAACAGAGUUGGGUUAAAUAUGGUACCAAGUUAAAGAUUAGAGAAAUCAAAGAAUUGUUGGACUAUUUACCACGUUCAUCAUCCGUUGCCAUUAUUAACGUUCAAGAUCUACAAAAGGAAUUGUUUACAGAUUCUGGUGCAGGUACAAUGAUUAGAAGAGGUUACAAAUUAAGCAAAGUUGCAUCAUUACCUGAAUUCCCAUCUCCAGAUGCUCUCAGAGAAGCAUUGUCCAAUGACAUUGAUAUUGCUUCUGGUAAACAAAGUGUUGCUACUUAUUUGAGGGAACUAGAACAUUCAGAUUUUGCCGCCUAUGCAGAUGAACCAAUGGAUGUUCUAGCAAUCAUUAGAAAAAAUCAUACCGUCCCCAAAUUGGAUAAAUUCAUCUGUACAGAAUCUGCUUGGUUAAACAACGUUAGUGAUAACGUUUUUACCGCAUUGCGUAACGAUUUCCCAUCUCUACAAUGGAUAGUCAAUGAAGAUAAUCCAAAUAUUGCUUGGCACUUUGACAAAUCUCAAGGUUCUUAUUUGAAAAAUGGUAAAGUUUUGUUCUGGUAUGGUGUGGAUGACUUAAACACUGCUUCAAAGAUCAUACAAGAAUUUAUCACUAGCGUUUCUCAAGCUGCAGGUUCUCCAUCUCAUGGUCGCGCCUUUGCUUCUGGCCAAUCUUCUAGAGCUUAUUCCACCAGAUCUGCCGCUAAACCUCAAGGCACAAAUAAAUCCGUCGGUCGUGUUGGUUUAAUUGGUGCUAGAGGGCAUACUGGUAGUAAUUUGGUUUCUUUGAUUAAUACUCAUCCGUAUUUGGAAGUGGCACACGUCUCUUCUCGUGAAUUGAAGGGUAAAAAACUACAAGGUUAUAACAAAUCUGAAGUUAUUUACGAGACAUUACAACACGAAGAUGUUCAAAAAUUAGAAUCUCAAGGUGCUGUUGAUUUCUGGGUCAUGGCACUACCAAACAAAGUUUGUGAACCAUACGUCGAAGCUAUCGAGAGUGCGAAGGGAAAGGGAAAGAUUAUUGAUCUUUCCGCAGACCACAGAUUUGUUCCUGAAGAUCAGUGGGCUUAUGGUCUUCCAGAAUUAAACAGCAGAGAUAGUAUCGCCAAUGCCAAAAAGAUUGCUAACCCUGGUUGUUUCGCCACUGGUUCUCAACUAUUAAUUGCUCCAUUGUGCGACUUAAUCACUGGAUUGCCUACUGUUUUUGGUGUUUCCGGUUACUCAGGUGCUGGUACCAAACCCUCCCCCAAGAAUGACCCAAAGGUUUUGAGUAACAAUUUGAUCCCAUACACUUUGACCAACCACAUUCACGAACGUGAAAUCUCUACUCAUUUAAACCAAGAAGUAGCAUUUAUACCUCAUGUGGGUCAAUGGUUCCAAGGUAUUUCACUAUCAGUUUCCAUCCCAAUCAAGAAAGGUUCCUUAACAUCUGAAUCCGUGCAAGAAUUAUACCAAAAUUUCUACAAUGGUGAAAAAUUGGUACAUGUGCAAAAGGAUAUCCCAUUGGUCAGAGACAUUGGUGGUACUCAUGGUGUAUCCAUUGGUGGUUUCAAAGUUAAUGACCAAGGUGAUCGUGUUGUUGUAUGUGGUACUAUCGAUAACCUACUCAAAGGUGCAGCUACCCAGUGCUUGCAAAACAUGAACUUGGCGCUUAAAUACGGUGAAUACGAAGGUAUUCCAGACGACAAAAUUCUCCAGUAA